GCAAUACGGUUCAUCUACCAAACAGAAAAACAAACGACCUUAAGUCAUGUUUAAAGCUUAGCAGUUCUCCACAUAUAUAUAUUUAAAAAAUAUAAAAAAGAUUACCCCUUUAAGAAAAUAAAAUAAUUCAUACAGAUUGUUUUCUGUAGCAAAAAGGGGUAAUCAAAUAAAAAAAAUGGAGACGGCUAGGCUUUUCAAAUUAGUGUGUGUGAUUUGUAUUGCCAGUUUGAUUCCGACCUUAAGAGCCAAUGUUGCGGAGACCGAUGAUUAUUGGGUAAAAAUGGCUAAUGAAGCUCGUAAACGUACCCUUAUGGCUUAUCAUCCCGAUCCUUAUCAGAUUGUCGACCACUUCCACGAACGUCACUACGACAACUCUACUGAUGUUGAGGAGACGGAGGAACACGCAUCCGAGGAAGAGGACGACAUUGAGAUGAGUUCUAGUCCGACGAACAGCACAAGACGGAGCCUAAGAGGUAGAGGUAGAGGUAAAGGUAAAGGUAGAGGGAAAUGGAGCAAGCUAAAGGGACCUUGCACUGCAAGUAACCCUAUUGAUAAAUGUUGGCGUUGCCAGCCCGAUUGGGCCAGGCGUCGCAAGAAGCUCGUCAAAUGUGUUCGUGGCUUCGGGUACAGGACCACAGGAGGCAAACGCGGUCGAAUCUACGUGGUCACUAGCAACAGAGACGAUGAUACGGUGAACCCUAGACCCGGAACAUUGCGUCACGCUGUGAUUCAGAACGAACCUCUCUGGAUCAUUUUCAAGCACGAUAUGAGCAUUAGGUUGAGCCAAGAGCUAAUGAUUAAUAGUCACAAGACGAUCGAUGCUCGUGGCACUAACGUGCACAUCGCAUAUGGUGCUGGGAUCACGAUGCAGUACGUGCGAAACAUCAUCAUCCAUGGGCUUCACGUCCAUCACAUCGUCCCGGGCAGUGGUGGCAUGAUAAGAAACUCUAAUGACCACUUUGGGUUUAGAGGACAGGCCGAUGGAGAUGGUAUCUCUAUCUUUGGAGCAACAAACAUUUGGCUUGACCACAUUUCUAUGUCUAAAUGCCAAGAUGGUCUCAUCGACGCUAUAAUGGGCUCCACCGGGAUCACUAUCUCUAACUCUCAUUUCACCCACCACAACGAUGUGAUGUUGCUUGGUGCACAAAAUGAUAACCACGCGGACAAGAAGAUGCAAGUCACUGUGGCUUUCAACCACUUUGGUAAAGGACUUGUGCAGAGGAUGCCGAGGAUUCGGUGGGGUUUCGUCCAUGUUGUCAACAAUGACUAUACUCACUGGGAGCUUUAUGCUAUCGGCGGUAGCCAAAGUCCUACCAUUCUCAGCCACGGAAACCGUUUCAUCGCUCCUCCUCACAUACAACAUUACAGAGAGGUGACAAAGAGGGAUUAUGCUCCAGAAUCGGAGUGGAAAAACUGGAAUUGGAGAUCCGACAAAGACAUUUUCAUGAACAACGCAUAUUUCAGACAAUCUGGAAAUCCAAAAUUCAUGUGUUCACACUCCAGACAACAGAUGAUAAAGCCCAAACACGGUUCGGCCGUUUCAAAGCUUACCAAAUACGCCGGAGCAUUGGAUUGCCGGGUCGGAAAACCAUGCUAAUAAUAUUAAAUCACUACUACUUUUCUCUCUUGUAUCUAGGCCAUGAACCAAAAAUAUUAAUGGGUAAAAUGAAAACAAUUCUAACUUAUGAGGUUCUUUCUGUAAGGAUACGUUGUAAUUCUAUUUUGUUUUUUUUUGUAUUCCAUUUGUUGUCGUGUAUGUUUAUUUGGUGGUGCUCGUCAUAUUUUCACUAUUUUAUUUUAAGAACAAAC